GACCAUGAACCUUGUGCUUUUAAGCUUCUUUAAGGUCAUUCUACUUUUUGGUUGUUCCUUUAAUAAUUCUCAGCAGGAACCAAGUAGAGAAGCUGAUGCACUUCUCAAAUGGAAGGGCAGCCUUGAUAUUAAUCCAACUACACAUCCUCUUCUCUCGUCUUGGACUCACAAUCAUCUCAAUAAUACCUCCUGCUGCCACUGGUUUGGUAUCAUUUGUAAUAAGUUUGGAUUUGUCAUCAAGAUUAAUCUCACAGAUAGUAAUCUUAAAGGUACGCUUCAAAAUUUCAACUUCUCAUCAUUUCCAAGCUUACUUGCCUUUGACCUAUAUAACAACUCCCUUUAUGGAAGUAUCCCCUCCCAUAUUUCCACACUUUCCAGACUCACCUACCUUGACAUCUCUAGAAAUCAUAUUUCUGGAAACAUCCCAUCACAAAUAUGCUUUUUGACAAGUUUGCGUAUCCUUUAUUUGGAAAGGAAUUAUUUAAACGGCACUAUACCGCCUGAAAUUGGCAUGCUGAUAUCUCUUGAGGUGUUUUAUGCUUAUGGUAACAAUCUUUCAGGAUCAAUUCCUAUUUCUAUUGGAAAUCUGAGCAACUUAACCGAGCUAAGUCUUCAUGGAAACAAAAUAAUUGGAUCCAUCCCUCAUGAGAUUGGAAAGCUUAAAUUGCUCCGUGAACUUCAUCUGUAUGAAAAUGAUCUCACUGGAUCAGUUCCUGCAUCCAUUGGGAAUCUUAGCUCCCUCACCUUCAUCACUUUGUUCACUAACAUAAUUACAGGAGUCAUUCCUUCACAUAUAUUCAACAACCUUACAAAUCUAGAAGAUUUCGAAGUAGGAGACAACUUCUUGUCUGGUUAUCUUCCAGAAAAUAUUUGUCUCAGUGGGAAGCUAACAUGGUUUACAGCGUAUGGUAACUACUUCAAAGGUUCCAUUCCACAAAGCAUGAGAAAUUGCACUUCUUUAUUCCGUGUUGACCUUCAAGGGAAUGAACUGACAGGAAAUAUAUCAGAACAGUUUGGAGUAUACCCAAACCUGGAAUAUAUGGACUUAAGCAGCAACAAUUUUUUUGGUAAACUUGCUGGAAAUUGGGGAGAGUGUCCAAAACUCAAUGUGCUAACAAUCUAUGACAAUAUGGUUUCUGGCAUGCUACCUCCAGAACUCGGGAAAGCUACUCAGUUGCACAUACUUGACCUCUCCAACAAUCUUCUUGUAGGGAAAAUUCCUAAGGAAUUGGGACGUUUAAAAUCAUUGUACAAUCUCUUUCUCAACAACAAUAAACUUUCCGGAAAAGUUCCAGCAGAAAUUGGAAUGUUAUUUAACCUUGAAUCGCUUGACCUUACAGCAAACCGAUUGAGUGGACCAAUUCCCGUACAUUUGGAACAAUGUUCAAAACUAAGGGAACUGUAUUUAGGAGACAACAUAUUCAGUGGGAUUAUUCCUUUUCAGAUUGCAAAGGUUCGCUCUCUUCGAAAUGUUGAUUUAAGUCAGAAUAUGCUUAUAGGAGAGUUGCCUCCAGAGCUUGGAAAUUUGAUUCUCUUAGAAACACUCAACCUCUCCCAUAACAAGCUCUCUGGCGCAUUGCCAUCUACGUUUCAACAACUAAUAAGUUUGACAUCUGUUGAUGUAUCAUACAAUGAGUUGAAAGGUCCUCUCCCCAACAUCAAGGCCUUCAUUGAGGCCCCAAUUGAAGCACUGGAACAUAAUAAAGGGUUGUGUGGAAAAAACACAAAUUUGAAGCCUUGCCACACAUCUAAAGAGAAUAGGAGUAAAAUUUUAGUCAUGGUGUCUAUAUCUUGUACUCUUGUUCCGCUAUUGAUCAUUGUUGGAGUGCUUCUUAUUUACAAAAAAAGGGAAAGGAACACACAUGAGCAAGGGCUAAUACAAAUGACUGUAACUUUCUUUGAACCAUGCGGUCACGACGGGAAGAGAGUUCAUGAAGAAAUAGUUGAAGCCACAGAAAACUUUGACUCCAAAUAUUGUAUUGGAGUUGGCGGAUAUGGAAGUGUCUACAAAACACUGUUGUCAACUGGUCAACUUGUUGCUGUAAAAAAAUUCCAUGAGAAUGGAGGAGUAGCUAGUAAGGAAGCUUUUGAAAGUGAGAUUAGUCUGUUGACAAGAGCACGCCACCGAAAUAUUGUUAAGCUUUAUGGAUUUUGUUCACAUACAAGACACUCGUAUUUGGUUUAUGAGUACUUGGAAGGGGGAAGCUUAGCGAAGAUAUUGAUAGAUAAUGUCGAAGCAGUGGAGUUGGAGUGGAGCAAGAGAUUAAAUGUUGUGAAAGGUUUAGCAAAUGCCAUAUCCUAUAUGCACUAUGAAUGUUGUCCUGCUAUAAUUCAUAGAGACAUAGCAAGUAAGAAUGUUCUUUUGGAUGAUGAAUAUGAAGCUCAUAUUUCUGACUUUGGUUCUGCAAUAAGUUUAGAUCCAAACAUAUCAAAUUGGACUCCAUUUGCAGGAACCUUUGGAUACUCUGCCCCAGAGCUUGCUUACACAAUGGAAGUAAAUGAAAAGUGCGAUGUGUACAGCUUUGGGGUUGUAGUAUUGGAGCUGAUCAUGGGAAAACAUCCAGGAGAUCUUAUCUUGUCUCUGUCAGCAUCAACAUCGUCAUCAUCAACACCAGCUGUUCAUCAAAUUCUGCUAAAGGAUUUAUUGGAUCAACGUCUGUCUCCUCCAAAAAGGCAAGUAGCAGAGAAAGUUGUCUCCAUUGUGAACAUAGCAUUUGCAUGUCUGCAACCAAGUCCACAAUCUCGGCCAACUAUGAAGCAAGUAGCUGAUAAGCUAUCAACUUCCUUACCAUCGUUAUCUGAGCCUCUUCAUGCUAUUACAUUGAGGCAGCUGCUUGAUCCCCCGACUUGGAUAUACUGAAUGGUUGCAAUCCAUCCUUGUUUCAUAUUGUGUGUUUGAAAGCAUCCAAGGGAUCUGAUCUCGUCUCUAUCAGCAUCAUCAUUAUCAUCACCACCAGUUGUUCAUUGAAUCACAGCCUCUCACAUUCAAAUUAUCAAAUGCUAGCAUUGGGUUUUAUGCAUACAAGUCCAUGGUCUCAGCCAACUUUGGUACCAUCCAAGUUAGUGCCGCUCUGUAUAAUUUUGUAAUGUUUGAAAUUAGUUGCAGUGUUUCCUUUUUUACAUAUUAUCUAUGUGUUUGUGUUAAUUUGGGAUCUUUUUCUCUGUUGCAACAUGUCUCAGUGCGUCAACAAAUAGUUCAAUGGAGUAACUACAUUACAAGUAUGUUUACUUCCUAGUGAAUUUGUUUGUAUAUGCUCUAUGCUUAAUCCAAAUCCCUCAGUUUUCUUUCACUCUGUCAUUGAACAUAUAUCUUGUUUCUAUUUCACUUUUACACGUUUCAGACCUGGGUUCUUAAAUUAAUUAUCAAGAUCUUUACGAGUAGAACGGUUAAUUUCCUAAAACGCAUUUUCAGUUGGGGGUAUGCGAAUUUUCAACCAAAGGACAGGUAGACAGUAAAGGCAGAGCUCAAGAAUAUUUUAGCAUAAGUGCUUAGAAUUGUCUGAUAUUGAACAAAAUAGAUAUUAC